ACGACACGCGUGGCACUAGAUCGAGAGACAACGCCAUCUUAUUCCCUCACAGUCGAGGCCAGCGAUGGUGCUCAGACUUCAUCGACCACUGUCAUGGUGACAGUGACCGAUGUCAACGACAAUCCGCCACGUUUCACCCAGAGCGUCUACUCCUUUGAUAUUCGAGAAGAUGCCUUGGUGAGUUCCACCGUGGCUCGGAUAACAGCCACAGAUGCUGACAUGGGACUGAAUGGAGAAAUAGCUUACUACCUGCAAGCUGACAACUGGGGAAGUUCCGUCUUUGCUCUGGAUAGACGCCUGGGUGUAUUCACGUUGCAGCAGCCUCUGGACUUUGAGACGACUCAGAUAUACACCUUAACUGUGUUCGCUGAAGAUGCCGGCGUCUUUGCCAACCUCUCAUCCAGUGCCGUGGUCUACAUGAAUGUAAAGGACACCAAUGACAACGCUCCAGUCUUCGACCCCUCUACCUACAGUGUGGAGGUGUUUGAGAAUGUCACAGUUGGCACCAGUAUAGUCACUGUCAGUGCCUCAGACACAGACACAGGAACAAAUGGUGAAAUUGUCUACUCCAUUGUCUCGGGAGACCCCAUUGGACAGUUCAGGAUCGACCCCAAAAAUGGAACCAUCUAUUCUAGCUUGCCAUUGGACAGGGAGACUAUGCCUUUCUACACCCUAACUGUUGAGGCUUCUGAUAUGGCAGAAUAUCCCAAUAAUAGACUUCAAGGGACAACACAAGUGAGUGUCAUCCUCAAAGACGUCAACGACAAUGCUCCUGUAUUCACUACUCGCAAUGAGACCUGGGUAUCAGAGAACAUGCCAGUGGGCACCACCAUCAUGAAAGUCACCGCCCUGGAUCCUGACGCAGAACGCAACAGCUAUGUCGCCUACCAUCUCACCAGUAACAUGUUCUCCCUGGGUCCUGGUGAUGGUUUGUUGAAGGUCAGUGGGAACCUGGACAGAGAAACUAAGGAUACUUAUAUACUGGACAUCACAGCUACGGACAAAGGUCAGCCCCCGCGGUCAUCACACCAGACCAUCACCGUGCACAUCCGUGACAAGAACGAUAACAAUCCUGUGUUUGAUCCACAAGAGUAUCAAGCAACUGUUUCCGAGAAUGCCGCCAUUGGUACUCUGUUGAAGCAAGUCAGUGCGACUGAUCGUGAUGCUGGGCUGAAUGGAGAAACGAGAUACUUCAUCUUUAGUGGAGAUAGUAAUGGCGACUUUAAGAUGGACUCUCAUACUGGGGAACUUAGCGUUCAGAAGAAACUCAACUAUGAACGUGUCAGGUCGUACACUCUUCAGAUCAGGGCAGAAGAUGGCGGAAUAGAGCCACGCUAUGACACGGCAACUGUCACCAUCGAGGUCACAGAUGUUAACGACAACACCCCAACAUUCCGCGACUCCCCAUACAUAGCAUACGUUCAGGAAGGUGUUCCCGCCUCAGAUCUUCCCGUCUUUGUCUGCAAGGUUGAAGCCUACGAUGCAGAUUCCCCACCAAACAACCAGGUUACCUACAGGUUACUUCAAGGGGUGGGAGAUAUCUUCAGGCUGGACACUCAGACUGGACUGGUCACUGCCACCAGGACAUUGGACAGAGAGACCAGGGACCAGUAUGAGCUGGUUAUUACAGCUUAUGACUCAGGCUCUCCUCAGCUGACAGGCACUGGCAAGAUCACAGUAAUUGUUCAGGACGUGAACGACCACACGCCCACCUUUGUGCGCACACACUAUGCAGUGAGCAUACGGGAGAAUCUACCUCCUAACACACCAGUAGAACAGGUGUAUGCUGUGGAUUACGACAUUGGGAAUAAUGCUGCUAUAACGUAUCGCAUACAAAGCUUUCCUGGAAAUCCUUUCACCAUCCAUCCCGUAUCUGGGCAAAUUGUUACCAUGGAAACACUGGACAGAGAAGAGCAGGAGGCAUACACCUUGGUUGUCGUGGCAACAGAUGGUGGUAUUGUUCCCAGGUCCAGCACUGCCACGGUGUCGGUGCAGGUGACAGACGUGAACGACAAUGCCCCACAGUUUGAGAAAGACCUGUUCAGUUACUACAUACGGGACCCAACCACAUCAGCUGACUUCGUCGCUGGCGUGACGGCCAUUGACAAAGAUGUUGGAUCCAAUGGGCAGAUAGUUUACUCUUUGUCAGAUGACCCAGAUACUCUCUACUUCAACAUAAAUCCACAGACUGGCGUGUUGACCACCAAAGACGGAUUAAUGGCAUCUUCAUUUCCACGAGGAUUAAGAUUUAGUGUAAUUGCUUCUGACCAGGGUCAACCACCAAGGAUGGAUAUUGCCGAAGUGCAGCUAACAUUCCAGUCAGCACCGCUCUCUCAAUAUCCAACAUUCAGCAGCUCAGCGCGCCAGUUCAGCCAAUCAGAAAACACCCCAGUAGGCAACACGAUAACAACUGUCUCUGCCACCGCUCCAUCGGGACAAGGUAUCACUUACCACAUCGCAGCUGGGAAUAUCAGGAAGACUUUUGCUGUAGGCCAAACUCUGGGUAACGUCACUCUGAUGAGACCUCUAGAUUACGAAGCAGUGACUGGGUAUUCGCUAUGGAUUGAAGCUCGGGAUGGCUCCCAACCACCCUUAUCUUCAUACAUCAAGCUCAGUAUAACGGUGACUGAUGUCAAUGAUAACAGCCCUGUCUUCGAGAGAUUUGUGUACAAUGUCAGUAUUCUCGAGUCCAAUCCACAGGGAGGAGAAGUUGUGCUGGAUUCACUCUCGGCCACGGAUGCUGAUUCGGGACCCAAUGGUCAGGUCACCUACUCCAUAGUGUCUGGCAAUGUCGGCAACAUAUUUAGUAUUAAUCCUACUAAUGGACGUCUUUCCACUGUGGACAGUCUGGAUCGUGAGCAGGUGGAUCAUUAUGUGCUGGUCAUCCAGGCCGCUGAUCAGGGUACACCACCAAGAACAGCUCAGACCACUGUGGAUGUCACAGUAGCUGACAAGAACGACAAUCCACCUCAGUUCACCAAGAUCUUCAGAGGAACCAUUCAAGAGAAUGCAAAUGUGGGUGCCUUCGUGAUGAGAAUAACAUCCUCCGACCUUGACAUUGGAGCCAACGCCAUCGCUCGUUAUUCUCUAAUAGUAAACCCUGACAACAAAUUCGCCAUAGAUGAAACAAGUGGGAAUGUGACAGUGGCUGGAUCUCUUGAUCGUGAGACUAAAGACCAAUAUACAUUGACUGUACAGGCAUUGGACGGCUCAUGGAGGAUAACAACCAGGGUCUCCAUCACCAUAGAAGACCAGAAUGACAAUGCUCCGCAGUUUUCAAAUACGCCCUACUCAUUUAAUUUCAAGGAGUUGCAGAGACAGGGCAGCCCUGUUGGGACUGUGACUGCAACGGAUCGUGAUGAAACCGGACCCAACUCCAUGGUGCAGUACUCCUUGAAACAGAUCUCUGAAUUCUUUGACAUCAACGCAGACAGUGGUUCCAUCUUCUCCAAGCAACCAUUGACCUUUGAUCCUGCCUCCCUUGCCUCCAAUCGACACCAGCUGAUUGUGGUGGCGAGUGAUCAAGGUGUGCCAAGAAGAUCCACAGAGGUGGUGGUCACUGUUAACAUAGAGGAUGCUAACAACAAUGCUCCUGUGUUCAAUAAGACCAGUUAUUUCACCCCAGUGCCAGAUAAUACCUCAAUGGGGACCAGGGUGGUCAGGACAGAGGCAGUUGACAGCCUGGACUAUGGUGUUAAUGCAGAGGUUGGGUACCAGUCACUUCCUGGCUACAAUGGGACAAGUUUCUUCACUGUGGAUGCCACCACAGGGUGGAUCAGUGUGGCCCAGUCUCUCACUGGUCAGCGAAAUAGGGACUUUGUAGUGGUCAUCAGGGCUACGGACAAAGGCACUCCACCCCAGAGUGCAGAUGUCACAGUCCACUUUAGUGUCACCGACGUCAACAGGAACACGCCACGAUUCAACAGCACCACGUUUCGGGCCACCAUACCUGAGAAUCGCCGUGUGGGUAAUGUUGUGGCAUCAUUGUCUGCCCAAGAUGAUGACCAGGGGAUUAACGGGCAGGUGGAGUACCAUAUCACUGGUGGUGAUCCUCAAGGGUGGUUUGCCAUUGGGGAGACGUCGGGGAUGGUGACAAUAGCCAAACCUCUGGACUAUGAUACCACUUCUGUCACAAACCUGACCAUCACAGCUAAAGACAAAGGUCUGAUUUCCAAGCAGUCCAGUGCGGCCUUCAUAAUACAGCUCACUGACAUCAAUGAUAACCCACCCGUCUUCAACCAGUCGACCUACGAUACCUACAUCUUGGAAAAUUCACCGCGUGGUUCCACAGUCUUCGUAGCCCACGCCACUGAUGCAGACUCCAAUGCCUAUGCAGAUGUGGAGUACCGUCUUGAAGGAGGGGCAGGCUUCACCAUUAAUGCAGAGACUGGGGUCAUCAGAACUCAAACUGACUUGGACUACGAGACGAAGAAACUAUAUACUAUGGUUGUCAGGGCAACAAAUCCAGGAACCAGCCUUGAAUCGACAGCCGUGCUCAAUGUUCAUGUCACUGGAGCAAAUGAGGACUACCCCAAGUUUACUCGCAGACGUUAUGAGUUUAUUGUCAGCGAGUCUGCCCGCCCAGGGCAACAAGUUGGUGCCGUGACAGCUUUGGAUAGCGACCAGGGCACAGAAGGGGUGGUAUAUUAUUUCUUGGUGGGCAGCAGCAACAGGAAAGGUUUCAAGAUCGACAGUCUGCGAGGGACUAUUAUCGUUGAGACCCCUUUAGAUCGAGAAGUGAUGUCAUCAGUAACCCUAACAGUCAUGGCCAAGAACCCAGGCAGCGUGCGUGGUAACGACACAGACACAUGCACGGUGUACAUCAGCUUGGAAGAUGCCAAUGACCCACCCUUGUUCACAGAGACUGAAUACACUGGGAAUGUGCGUGAAGACGCGGGAGCGGGACAGAACGUAGUACGUGUGUUAGCCAGCGACAACGACCUCCAGACAUCAGAUCGCCAGUUUAGCUAUUCCAUUGAAAGUGGCAACGAUGGCGGAGCAUUCAGUGUUGAGCCCGUCUCUGGCUGGGUGAGGACUACUGGAGCCAGACUUGACAGGGAGACUCUGCCUGUGUAUAACAUCACUGUUGUGGCCAUUGACACGGGUUCUCCACCACAGACAGGCUCUACCAAUGUCAUCAUAAGCUUGGAUGAUGUCAAUGACAACGGCCCCAUCUUCCAGCCACAGAACCUCACAGCUUAUGUCACAGAAGAACAGGAUCCCCAGCAAGCACCAGUGGUGAUCCAGCUGGAUUCACACACCACAGAUCCAGAUCUGCCUCCCAAUCAAGGCCCCUACACGUACUCCCUUGUACCCAAUCAAUAUAGCUCUUAUUUCCAACUGCAGAGCAGCAAUGGGGCACUCAGGACAACGACAAGGCUAGACCGCGAGCAGAUCAGUAACCUUGACCUGCUUAUCAAGGUCACAGAUGGGGGCUCACCCCAGCAGACGUCCACUUUAACUUUGCAUGUCCUGGUGAAUGAUUUGAAUGACAACCCUCCAACUCCACGUCCUCUGACCGUUUCUGUGUUUGCCUAUCAAGGAAACUUCCCAGGAGGCCUUGUGGCAGAUGUGACCCCAACUGACCCCGAUAUUUCUGGAAGCUACACCUGCUCAAUCCUGCAGGGAGACAGGUCAAUGUUUAGCUUCUCUGGUUCCAGCUGCCAGCUUCAAGCAAACCAGGUCCAAAGCCCCAAGGAUUUCACUUUGAACAUAAGCUCAAGUGAUGGCCGUUCCAGUGGAGUGACUUCAGCCACUUUGGUCAAAUUCAGGACAGUGGACAACACAACCCUAGAGAACACACUGGUGGUCAGACUGCAGGGCUUAACCCAAGAGACAUUCCUGCGAACGUUUAGAACCAGAUUUGAGAGCACCCUGGCCCAGUAUUUGACCAGUGGGGAUUCUAUAGUCCUACACAACUUGCUACAGAGAGGGCCUAACCUUGACUUGUUCCUGGCUAUUCAGCAGAGCUCUGGGCAGUACAGAACAGCAGCAACCCUGGAAAGCACUCUCCAGUCCAACAGGAACAGUAUUCAACAGGGGAGUGGUGUUAUCAUUGCCACAAUCAAUGUGAGUCCCUGUCAGAGUAACCCAUGCCAAAACAAUGGUGUUUGUUCUGAUGACCCUGUUGUCUUUUCCACCUAUGAUCAAAUGGCCAGUCUGUCCUUCAUCCUUACUGCCCCAGCUGUGCAGCAUACACACCACUGCCAGUGUCCAGCUGGUUUUACUGGAACCAAUUGUGAACUGGACAUUGGUCAGAGCUGUGGGAAUAAUGUCUGUUUACAUGGAGGCACCUGUCUGGACAUUGCCGGUACACCAACAUGCACGUGUGUCGCAGGAUACACAGGCCCAACUUGCGGUGAUGACGUGAACGAGUGCCUGUCUAACCCAUGCCCGGGAAGUGAGUGCAGGAACACUGUGGGGUCCUUCAGAUGUGAGUUAACAGGGAGAGGUUUCCACAGCCUCUCCUACAUGGAAUUCCAGUCACCACUGCAGAGAGAUCAGAAUAACAUUGUACUAGAGUUUGCCACACUACAGCAAAAUGCCCUGCUGCUGUACAACCCAGGUUCCACUGACUUCCUGGCUCUAGAGAUUGUGGCUGGCAGAGUUGUGUUCUCGUUCAACCUUGGUGAGACGGACAGUACGAAGUUGAUGGUGGGUCAGUAUGUGUCCAAUGGGAAAUGGUUCAAGGUCACAGUCAGCAGAAUUCAAGAGGCGGGUACUUUGAAAGUGCAACUGUGUGACCCAGUUUGCAGACAGUGUAAUAUUGGGGACAGCAAUUGUUAUGCCACAGGGUCCCAUGAUGGCUUCCAGACUCUUGACGUGGCCUCUGGUAACCUCAGCCUGGGAGGUGUUAGGGACUUUGACCUUCUCCUUCAGCGAAGAGAAGUGCAGACUUAUGACUUCGUGGGAUGCCUGCGCAUUGCAGUCGCGGAUGGUUACAAUCUUCUUACAGGGAAGGAGAAACUGCGAGCAAGCGUUGGUGUGACAAAUACAUGCCCACGUGAAAACAUUGGCACAUGCACAUCCAAUGUAUGUGAGAAUGGGGGAACAUGUAAAGAUGAAUGGUUUGGAAUGUCUUGCACCUGCAGGUCUGGGUUUAUGGGAGAUAGAUGUGAAUUGGAGUUGAAGUCAUUCACAUUUGGACCUAAUGCCAAAGUGGAAUUCAUCCCCAAGGAAAGCUACAGGAGGCAGUCCUUGCUCAGUGCUGCCACCAAAAGAAGAAAGAGGGCUGUUGGAACAGGUUCACACAGCAUGUCAGUCACAUUUGGCACCUCCGCUGAUGGGCCUCUGUUUCAAUCCACAAGUCCCAGUGGAUACACUCUCCUUGGAGUGGAGGAAGGAAAGCUCGUGUAUCAGUUCCAGGAGGGAGGAACAAAUGAGAAAGUCACUGUAUCUGACAAGAAGAUGGAUAAUAAUGUGUGGCACAACAUCUCUCUUUCAGUACAAGGAAACAAAGUCCAGUUGAAGUUAAAUGACGAGUCACCAGUAGACAGAGAAUUCCCUGCUGUUCAUGAUUUCCUGGGACUUGAUGUUACUGCUUUAAAACUAGGUGGAAAAUUCCCAGACAAAAGUGAGCCUGGUUUUGCUGGCUGUUUGUCCGACUUUCUCCUCAAUGGGGAAGCACAACCAUUCCAGGGAGCCACAGAGAGAUUUGAUGUCCAAGUAUCAGGCAAUACCAGCAAUGGCUGCUCAACAGGAGUUAUUGGCUGCAAUGCCUGUGUCAGUGGUGGCGAUUGCUCAGAGCAAUGUGGCGCUGUCAAAGCAACACCAGAACCUUCACCAAUCAGUAUAGGAGUUGUCAUUGUCAUUGUGUUCUUGGCAGUGUUAAUCCUUGGUCUACUGAUCACCUUCAUAGUUUUCCGAGCAAGACGCACGAUGCAGCAAAAGAAGCAACACUCUGCCGAGCAGACUAAACAAAAUGGGGACAGCGUAUUCAUAGUUAACAAAGCGGCAAAUGACAGCAACAGGACGCAGGAUUCUGGCUACACGGAAACAGGAGAAGUCCCAGAGGAAACAAUAAUCCGUAACCACAUAGCAGAGGAGUUGGCUACAAAGUCUUUCCAGGAAAGAGAAAUCUCAGAUCAUAUCGGUGGACUGCAGCCACCAGACAUUCUUGGGAGGCAGACUUCCACAGUGCCUUCUCAAAACCAUCAAGAUGAUGAUACUGUGAUCAUAGAAAAUGGAGAUGCAUUUGGAAUACCGGAGGAGGCUCUUCCUGAACAUUAUGACAUUGAAAAUGCCAGUAGUAUAGCUCCUUCUGACAUUGAUGUUAUCACACAUUAUAGGAGAUACAGGGACGGAAAACGUCCCCACCAUCAGAGAAAUAAUCAUCAUGUACCCACAUAUCAUAAACACAGUCAUAGACAUAGUCCCAAUCAUAUACUUAAUAGGACUGCUAGGGACAGUCCCAUGAAUCAGAUAAACAUGAGCUUGCCAAGGCAGAGUCCCAGUGUGAUGAUGCACCAGCAGCAGCAGCAGCAGGCACGGGAUAGUCCUAAUGCAAUGAAAAUGCAGAGCACCCCCAUGCCGCGCCAGAGUCCGCUCACUGUCAACAAUCCAUUAUUACGCCAAAGUCCUAUCAACCCCAUGGUGGCUCGUCACAGCCCCAUGAACCAGUUAUCUAGAACUAGUCCAAUCAGAGACAUGCGUGUCAGCCCACUGGGCAUGCAACUGGGCAAUCGAGUGGCCAGCCCCAUACAGGAAGUCAGGGUGGACUCUGACCAGAGCAGUGGACACGGGGAGGUGGUCAGGAGUCCAGCCAACAUCCCCCCUCGUCCACACAGUCGUAUGCAGCAACCUGGUGGGGUGGCCAGUCGACCCCCCAUGGGACUGACAGUGGAGGAGAUAGAGAGACUCAAUGCAAGACAGCAUGUCAGUCCUACCAGUACUAUAGACGCUGUGUCCUCUACAACAGAGGGCAGAGGGCGACCUAAUAAUAUAAACACACUAGAGCAUAGUGGACUGCUGGAACCCCCAGAGUCCACCUCUGAUGACAGUAGUAAUGAUUCUUUUACUUGUUCAGAGUUUGAGUAUGAGAAUGAGAGAAACAGGCCGGAGUUUGACCAGUUUCCAAAACUCAGCGAAGCUGAGAAUGAAAAUGAGGAUAGCCCACAAGAUUCAAAUGGAAGGACGUUCACGUAUGAUGGGUCGGACUCAGUUAGAGGAUCACUGAGUACGUUACUGGUUUCAGAGGACGAGACUUUACCACGCCCCACAAAAAGCCCCACUGGUCUAUUUAAUUGGGAUUAUUUGUUAAACUGGGGCCCAAGCUUUGAAAAGUUAGUGGGUGUGUUUCAGGACAUUGCGGCCUUGCCGGACAGUGAGGGUAGAUCUGAAGUGAAACUGGUGCCUUUAGAUGUUAAGAAGGACAUGGAAGAAUAUGUAUGAACCACAAAUUGCUGUAUAUCAUGUUAUCAUCAUCAUGUCCUUUGUGUCAGCCUUUUUAUAAUUGGUUCAAAAACAAUGUGUAAGUCAUUUCUAUUCAUCUGUAAUGAAACACUGUAUUAAAUCAUCCUAAGCAAUGCUCAUAUCAAGACCUUAUCCCAAAGGUUGUGGAAUGUUAUAUUUUAUUUAACCAAAUAUAUAAAUUUAAAGGUCAUUUUACAGAGUUUACUUGCACAUUAUCAUUGCCUUGUAUGUGGAAUUUCUAUGAUAGUUUCUUCAAGUCAUAAACAUAUAUUUACAUUUACACAUUUUCAAGGUGGUUCCUAGAUUUUUACCAUCUGGAUACUUGUGUUGUGCCUGUAUAUUGUUUUUCUGGAGGUAUUAUUUUUAUUAUCCUAUUUAAGAGAUGCUCUUAAAUGAAUAAGAGAUAGAUGGUUUGUAAGCUUUAUACAAAUUGUAUAUUCACCCUGGCCUUAUUCUUUCUUGCACUUAAACAGUGCUGAUAACCUGUUAUGUGUUGAUGCCUUAAGUUUAUUGUUAUUAAUUACAUUCAGCCAUAUAUAGAGUUGAAUUUACUUUUAAAGAUUAGUUUAGUCUAACCCAAAAACUGUCUGCAUCGUUGCUGUAGGCAGUUGCUGGGAAAACAAGUCCAGCUGUACAGUUGGAUACUUCUGCUUGUGUGUUUAAUAUUGUAUAUUUUUAAUGGAUGUUAUUUUAUGUAAAUAUAAUGUCCUAAAGUGGAAAAUAAUGACUUUAUUUUUACCACGUAUACAAUUGAUAAGUUUUUUACGUGUUGUGAAAGUAAAUAUUUUAUGUAAACCCCAACUUGUAAAACAAACAAACAAAAAAUAAAAAGAUAAAUACAGAAGAUCAGUUGAGAAAUUUAAAAAAUUCUGUUAAAUGUGAAAUCACAGAAACAAAGAUAUUUUGAUGUGAGUUCAAUGUUGUGACCUUAUGAUCUCUUCUUUUAAUUAUCCUUCUUAAGGUUGGCAUUAUUGUUUAUCUUUUAACAUUCCUUUUGUAACUAUAGCAAAAAUAAAAAAAGCGUCCAUCACGUUCUUUGUAAUUACCAUCUUAACCAUAUUUUACAUGUGAGCAGCAUUUUAAACCAUGUUAGCACAGACAGAUGCCUUUGGAACAAGUAAUAUAUCAUAGACCCUCCACUGUAUUGACAAUUAUUAUACUUAAAGUGUUCUUUUUCAUGGACUUUUUUCUUUUUGAAGGAAUGAUUAGAUGAAGUCCAGCAAAUAGUGACGAUGAGAUCAUGAUCAUAUUAAUUAGAUAAGACACAUGGUUGUAUCGUUAUAUUUUAUUUAGCUAAAAUACACAUAUAAAGGUUUUAAUAACUCAUUUACAUGCAAUGUAAAUAUUGUACUUACCAUUGACAAUAAUCAUGUUUUACAGAGAUGUCUGUAGAAAUACCACAGGUCUAUGCAGCAGAGGUGAAAUCUUUGCACAAAUAAACAAAAUUUAUAAGUAAA